GACACCCCCAGCGCGUCCCCCGACUUGGCCGCGUCUUUGCCCUCGCGCACCAUGCAGCUGCUUCUUGCUCUCCUGGCCCUGGCCGCGGCAGGGACCUUGGCUUACGCAGGUGACCUCGCCUCAGAGUCACACUGGUGCUAUGAGAUUCAAACCAAGGAAUCUAACUACAGCUGCCUGGGGCCAGACCAGUGGCCUGGGAACUGCCAGAAGAGCCGCCAGUCACCCAUCAACAUAGUCACCUCCAAGGCCAAGCUCAACCGCAGCCUGGACCAUUUCUCCUUCUCUGGCUAUGACAAAAAGCAAAAAUGGACUGCCAAAAACAAUGGACACUCGGUGAUGGUGUCGCUGGGGAACGAGGUCAGUAUUGCUGGAGGAGGCCUGGCCGCGAAGUACCGGGCCACACAGUUGCACCUGCACUGGUCCCAGGAGCUGGACAGGGGCUCGGAGCACAGCCUGGACGGGGAACACUUUGCCAUGGAGAUGCACAUAGUACAUGAGAAAGAGACAGGGACCUCUAACAAGGAAGAGGAGCAGAACUCUGAAGACAAGAUUGCAGUGCUGGCUUUCCUGGUGGAGAGGGGAGACAAGAUGAACAAGGGCUUCCAGCCCCUGGUGGAGGCACUGUCCAGUAUCCCCAAACCUGACAUGAGCACUGUGAUGGAGAGCAGCAGCCUGCUGGAUCUGCUCCCCGAGGAGGAGAAACUAAAGGACUACUUCCGCUACCUGGGCUCGCUCACCACACCAACCUGUGAUGAGACGGUCAUCUGGACUUUGUUCAAGGAGCCCAUCCAGCUCCACAGAGACCAGAUCCUGGCAUUCUCCCAGAAGCUGUUCUAUGACGAGGAGCAGAAACUGAAUAUGACGGACAAUGUCAGACCCCUGCAGCGUCUGGGAAACCGCGAGGUGUUCAGAUCCCGGGCCCCAGGACAGCUGCUGCCCUUGCCCUUGCCUACCCUGUGGGUGUCCAUGCUCACCUGCCUGAAGGUUGGCUUCCUCCUAUGAGGGCUUACUGCCGGACACGUGACCUUUGACCUCAGCCUUUAGAGGACUUGACUUCCAUUCCUUAUUUGCUUCCCAGUUUGGACUUUGGAGAUGAUUAAAAUAUGGAUAUAUUUUUGAA